AUGCCGUCACAAAAUUUCUUACUGGCAAUCUCACACGCCGUCUCAGGCUCAGUCGGCACCGCAACCUCGACGGCAGCAACCUACCCUCUGGACCUGGUCAACACCAGGAUCAAGGUGCAGCGGCAGCUGGCGCGCGACGGCACCAUCCCUCCCGACGAGACAUACGACGGACCCAUCGACGCCCUCAAGGCCGUGUGGAGGCGCGAGGGAGGCCUCGCGGGCCUAUACGCGGGCCUCGGCUCGGACCUGGCCAAGUCCGUCGCCGACUCGUUCCUCUUCUUCCUCUUUUACAACUGGUUCCGGGCCAGGAGGCUAGCCAGGCCCGGAAACGCCCGGCGCAGGCGCAUGGGCGUCGUCGAGGAGCUGGCCGUCGGCGCUGUCGCCGGGGCCUGCGCCAGGGCCCUCACCAUGCCCGUGGCCAACGUCGUCACGAGGAUCCAGACCGCGGCGCUGGUGGGCGGCGCGGCCGGCGAGCAUCGGAGCGCCGUCGCGGUGCUGCGGGAGCUGCUGCGCGAGAGGGGCGUCGCGGGCCUGUGGGCUGGCUAUUCGGCUGCGCUGGUGCUGACUCUCAACCCGAGUAUCACCUUCUUCCUGGACCAGGCGCUGCGUAGCUCGCUGGCGAGCGGGGAGGACAGGCCCGACGGCGGCCUGGUGACCUUCUUCGUGGCCGCCGUCAGCAAGGCCGUGGCCACCGCUGCGACCUUUCCCUUCCAGAUCGCAAAGGCGAGGCUGCAGGUGUCAUCACCGUCGCGGCCGUCGUCGCCUGCGCCCGACGCCGCCAUGAGCCAAGGGUUGGCGGGCGGCGGCGGCGGCGGCGGCGGCGGCAAGGACGGGAAAAGCGGCGCCGUAUCAGUGGAGGAGGCGGCGAGGAUCGCGGCGGCCAAGGCCAAGUACUCGCUGAGCAACAGCCUACGCAGCCUGGCCAGGGACAACAUAUUCACCACGGUGUCGCGCAUAACGCGGGAGGAGGGCGUUGGUGCGCUGUACGACGGGCUAGGGGGCGAGCUCCUCAAGGCCUUCUUCAGCCACGGCAUCACCAUGCUGUCCAAGGACGCGUUUCACAAGGUGCUGGUGAGGCUCUACUUUGCACUCAUUGCUCUGUCGAGCUUACUCAAGCAAAGGCGCAAGGAGUCGGGGAGCCACGGCACGGGAGAGGCGAGUGGCAUCACCGGGGUUGUUCUGUCACUGCCACUGGCCGCGAGGGGACAAAUAGAGCUGCUGCUGUUCACGUUGUUGGGCAGUAGUCAAAGGUUGAUCAAAACAUAG